UAACUUUAUAGUUUGGCUUUCUUUGAGAAGUUGCCUCAACUAAAUGUGAGACGUUAGUGGGAGUUUGGUUGUGUGUCAGUGUGUGUCCGUGUGUGUUAUCUGGAGCAGUUCGCGGGAGGAGACGCCUUGUUUAUCCAGGGAGGGGCGUGAGUGUUUCUGCAGGUGUGUGUGCGUGUGCGUGUGUGCAGGUGUAGAGGAGCGCUGCUGUCGGCUCGCCAUCCUCCCGUUAUACCGUGAUGUCCGCGCCAUGCUGCCGGUAACGCGCCUCGGAGGCUGCCUGCCCGCGCUCCUCGCCGCCGUCCUGCUCGACGUCCUCGGCGUCAUCCUGCUCUUCGUCGGCAUCUUCGGGGACGUGCGCCUCGGCGGCCGCUUUUACGGCGACUUCUUGAUCUACACCGGCUCCGUGGUGCUCUUCAGCAGCCUGGGCUUGUGGAUCAUGUGGUACGUGGGGAACGUGCGGGUCUCGGAGGAGGAGGAGGAGGAGGAGGGCGGCGGCGGCGGCGGCUGGAUGAGGAAGAGGAGCGACAGCGUCGUGCGCCUGGCGAGGAAGCUCACGGAGAGGCUGAGCCAGAAGCUCUCCGCGGAGGCCCGCGUCAAGUACGCGCCCGACGACGGGGAGGCGCAGGGCGGCCAGGUGGGCUCACCUGCGCGCAAGGCCAGCCGGGUGACGUGGGGCAGAUCCACGACGUACCACAACGAGGGCUACGAGGACUCCCCGGACCCCCCCUCUGUGGACGGGGGAGAGUCAGAGGACAAGCCGGAGGUCUGAGUGGCGGGUAGCUUCAUGUCAGAUGCUCGUUAGAUGCUCUCUUCAUGUUAGAUGCACUGUAUAUAGAUGUGUGUGUAUAUAGAGAUAUAUAUAUCAUAUAUGCAUAUUCUCAGCCAGGUCUUGAUAGAUGUUCAUGGGCUGAGUUUUAAGAAAUAUAAUAGGCCACGCCCCUUUCAAUAUAAGAGUCAUUUUAGUAACAGUAACAUUAGCGUCCUGGCUUCCAGAAAUUGGUUCUGCUGAUGAAGAAAAUAUGUGUUUAGAUCAUUUUAGUCCCGUUGAGUGAACAAUACAAUACUAUAAGGUCCAUUUAUUUACAAUGAUUUACUUGUGAAUACAUAUGUUAAGAUUAUAUUCAACUAUUAGAGGUCAUUUCGAGAAACUUUAUGAACCUUCAUUUUAUCAUGUCACAAUUUUUUGUACCUUUUAUUUCCAAACAUUUAGGUCCAAAUUAUAUUUCAAAGCUCUCUUUACACUGUCAUGCAAAGCUGGAUUGGAGAUGUUGACUAUUAUUGCAGAUGUAGAAGCACAUUAAGAAUGUAUAUGGUAUGUAGGCCUGAUGGCAGCAUCUUAAUGAGGGCGUCUGCACGGCCACGAAGCUGCUAGCACUGUUAUCUACUUGCAUUGUUAGCUGCUAGCACUGUAAACAACUUGAACUGUUAGCUACUAGCACUGUUAGCUACUAGCAUUGUUAGCUGCUAGCACUGUAAACAACUUGAACUGUUAGCUGCUAGCACUGUAAACAACUUGAACUGUUAGCUACUAGCACUGUUAGCUACUACCACUGUUAGCUUCUAGCGAAUGAGGCCUUCUGCUGGAUUAUUGUUCCACAAUUUAAUCCUUUCAUUAUAAAAGUAUAUUGAAUCAACACAAUAGUUGAGAGCUUAUGAGAAAGCUUAUUGUGUCCAUCCAACAUGAGGACAUUAUUCUUUUUAAAUGGUCCUCCCAAUAUUUCAGCUGUAUCUUCUAUUUAUUUCCUCAGCCGAUCCCGUUUCACAUCUGAUAUCCAAACUGAGUGGAGCCAGGUCACGUUUUGCCUUUGAAAGGCCGUGAGACACCGGUCCGACUGGUUUGCCUCUUUGCUUUUGUUGUCGGCUAAACAAGCCUGAAAAUCUUCCACAAGGGAUUGUGUGAGACUCGGUACGACAUGCCGUAUACCCACUGAGAUGCGUGUGGUGUUUGUACACCUGUUUGGUUUAGAGGAUAUAGACACACAAAUAGGAUUCUAAAUAAUGUCGCACCUUAUGCAAAUGUCCCGGCGCUGCCAGGGUUUGUUUACACAGCGUGGACAUGUCUGACAGCCUCAAACACGCCACAACGUUACAGUAAAUAAAAGAUGUUUCAGGGACUACGGCGACAAAUAGAGGCAGCUUGACUGGUCAAACACGCCGCUGUUUCCAUUAUGAGCGUUUCCUCUUUCUCGCAAUCCGCGUCGUUAUUGUGGAGAUGAGCCGUGGAAACUCAAAUAUUUAAGCGUGCGGCGUGAAUGCAGUGAACCUGUCCUCUAGAGCUUAAAAAUGUUUUUUUUUUAAAGUGUGUGUGUGUGUGGGGGGGGGGGGA